UUUUGGUACUAAACGAUGGGUUCAUCGAACGGCGGUGUGCCUCCGGGGUUCAGGUUCCAUCCAACGGAGGAAGAGCUCCUUCACUACUACUUGACCAAAAAGGUGUCGUUUCAGAAGUUCGACAUGGAGGUCAUUAGAGAAGUGGACUUGAACAAGAUGGAACCUUGGGAGUUGCAAGAGAGGUGUAGGAUAGGAUCAAGUCUGCAGAACGAGUGGUACUUUUUCAGUCACAAGGACCGUAAAUACCCAACAGGAUCCAGGACGAAUAGGGCAACCAAUGCUGGGUUUUGGAAGGCGACGGGGAGGGACAAGUGCAUUCGUAACAGCUACAAGAAGAUAGGUAUGAGGAAAACCCUUGUUUUCUACCGAGGAAGAGCUCCCCAUGGCCAAAAGACCGAUUGGAUCAUGCAUGAAUACCGGCUCGAAGAUGGCGACGAUCUCCAAGGAAAUCACGUGGAAGAUGGGUGGGUGGUUUGCAGGGUGUUCAAGAAGAAAAACCUCUUCAAAGUUGGCAACAACAUCAACUCAUUGGAUCAACAGCUGAACGUUAACAGCACCACCACUUCAAGCGGCAGCCAAACUCAACCACUUCCUUUCAUGCAUGGAUCAAGCGACCAAUACAACCUCAGCAGCACCAUUCAACAGAGCUUGGAACUAAAAAAGGCCGAGCUAGCCCUUCACUAUCCUCCUCCUCAUCAUCACAUGCCGACACCUACACCUCAGUGUCAUCUUUUCCAUACUCAAACCAUAGUGCCGACGGGAAAAGUGGCUAUCGGCUAUACGGAGUAUGCAUCGCCGGUGGGUCUCCCGUCGGAGUCACAUCAUCAGCCGAUAAUGAUCAAACAACUGAUGGGGAACCAUAGGGAAUGUGAGAGUGGGAGUGAGAAUGUGAGGUACCAAGCUUGUGAGACGGGCAUAGAAGGUGUUGGUGGUGGAAGAGACGAUGAGAACCAGGGGAUGAACGAAUGGGGCAUGCUGGACGGCCUGGUGACAUCUCAUAUAGGAUUAGGUCAAGAUUCUAACAAAGUGGUGAGGUUUGAAGACGGUGCCGCUACGAAUGGGACCUCAGUGCACCCAAUCAACCAACUUUCACUUAGAGGAGAAAUGGAUUUUUGGGGCUAUGGGAAAUAGUUUAAUUUGAUUGUCACUGAACUACUUCAUAUAUUCAUGGUAAACUAUAUAUGUU